AUGACUUCCCGAGUUGUCUUCGAUAACAACAUCGAUGCCUUCGAUGAGGCGCAGAACGACGAUAAGUGCCCACAGAAGGAGAUGGUCCACAUUCGAAUUCAGCAACGUAACGGUCGUAAGACUCUUACCACCGUCCAGGGUCUCUCAGACGAGUACGACUUGAAGAAGAUCAUCAAGGUCUGCAAGCGGCAUUUCGCCUGUAACGGAACCGUCGUCGACCACGCUGAGUGGGGUGAAGUCAUUCAGUUCCAGGGAGAUCAGCGAGCAAACAUCCAGCGUUUCUUGUUAGGCGUCAAGCUCGCCCGAGCUGAGCAGAUCAAGGUCCACGGUUUCUAA